CUGUCGUCCUGUACUACUUCAGACAAUCACGAUGAAGUCAGCUUACCUGUUGUUCCUCAUAAUUAGUUUCGUUACGUGUACUUACACACGUAAAUAUAAAUUAUGUACAACAACACAUACAAUCAGCGAAGCUUGUCAAAGCAUAGAAAGGGGUGAUAGUGAAGUUGAAUGUCUUCACGUAAGUGACAGUGCCGAAUGUGCAUUACGUUUAGCAAGCGGCGAUGCAGAUUUCGGUUUAUUCGAUACCGAUGCAUUAUUAUUGUCCUAUCAAUUCUAUCACACUGAAAUUGUACCGAUCUUUGAACUAAGACACAAAGACAAAACUCAGCAGUCAUUUGCAUUUAAAUCCGUGGCUAUAGUAUCUUCGAACUUUUCCAUUAAAUCUGAAGAUAAAUUUGAAAAUUUAAAGAACGCAGGUCUUUGUCAUCCUGGUUUCAGUGAAGAUCAAUGGUGGAACGAUUUCAUUUUGAAAUAUUUUGAAAAAAAGUUGUAUGUACCUGAGUGCCGAGAAAACUUAACUUCGAUAGAAAAUGAAUUAGAAAAUAUUAGGUCGUUCUUUGGUAAAGCCUGCAGACCAGGUAAAUGGGUGGCUGAUCCUAAUCUUAGCACUAAUCUCAAGAAAAAAUAUCCUGAGCUUUGCGAGUUAUGCGACAAUACGAUUACUUGCAAUUAUAAAAAUGGAGAAAAACAUGGUCACAUUGGUGCUUUGGAUUGUUUAACAUCGGGACGAGGAAAUGUAGCAUACGUAGCACUUGAAUACGUUCACCAAUACUUUAAUAAGGAAAAUGAAAAAAGUCAAUAUCAAUUUCUAUGUUCUGAUGGAACACUUCAAAAUUUAAAUAAUAGUAAUCCUUGUGCAUGGAUCAAACAACCAUGGGGUGCAAUUGUUGCUAGAAAAGAACUAGUAAAUGAACUUACAGGAAAAUUAAAUAAAUGGUUAAAAAACCCGGCCACGUACGCUGCUGAAACAUGGUCACAAGCUUUAAUAAAAGUUAUACAAGAAGAUAGUAUUGUCACGAAUCUUACAAAGCCUACAUCUUUAUACAAUUACUUAGUUGAAGGAAGAAAGGAAGUGGAUCUUUCGGAAGUACGAACAACUUGUGAAAAACAUGCUAUUCGUUGGUGCACAAUAAACCCUCUUGAGAAAACAAAAUGUGAAUGGAUUGCGAAACAAGCGAUAGCUCUUGGUAUCGAGCCGAAAAUUGUUUGUUUGCAAGCCAACUCAACGUUCCAAUGUAUGCGUGACAUUGCUGAUUUAAAAGCCGAUAUUACUACUGCAGACUCAAAUUAUGGCUACCUAGCACGACAAUUGUACAAUUUAGGACCAAUCCUUUAUGCUGAAACUGACAAAAAAAUUAAGGAAGAUAGCAUGAUUAUGGCUGUUCUUCGAAAAUCCGAAGGUGGCAACUACCCCAUAAAGAGUUUUAAUCAAUUAAAGGGUCGAAGAGCUUGUUUCCCUGAAUAUGGUGGAUUAGCUUGGUUGAGUUUAAUUAAAAUUGCUCGAGUGAAUCAUAUUAUUUCAUCAGUCUCUUGCAAAUAUCCUGGUCUCCUCAAUAAUUUACUCGCGGGCGCUUGUACGCCUGGUAUAAACGACGAUAAUCACGGAUCCAAUACCGUCUCAAAAAAUAUUGCAAAAAAGCUUUGCUCCGUUUGUCCAAAAAUAAACGAUACUACCGACUGUACGGCAAGUAAUGAAAAUCGUUUUUAUGGUGAUAAAGGUGCUCUAACGUGUUUAAUGGAAGGAUACGGUGACAUAGCUUUCGUUGAAAUCGGAAAUAUAAAAAAAGAAAAAAGUGAUGUCGAUCAAUAUCACAUUUUCUGUAGAAAUGGUAGUUUAGCUACAACGUCAGGAUUAAAUAUAAGUAAACCAGAGCUUUGUGCUUUAUCAACAACCAUCAAUAGCGAGGUAAUUGCUCGUAGAAACGACACGGAGAUACAGCGAUUAAAUUCUAUUUUAGUCUUAUUAAAACUUGAAGAUUGGUUGAAAUAUCGUUCUUCUUCCUGGAGAGUACUCCAUAUUUAUGGAAAAUUUGAUAACACCGAUGAUCUUCUUUUUAAAAGCUCAACUUUUGGUUUAGUACCCACAACAUCAACGAUCGAAUCAGUAUUAGCUUAUAAAGAACUUUUCGAUCACGUCGAUGAAUGUUCAUCAGCUGGAUUAUUAAUUGUUUCAAAUGUUACUCUAUUUUCAUUAGUUUUAAUAUCCAUUUAUUCUAUGAUAUAAAGCUAAGAAUAUUAAAUUAUAAAUUGUAAUUACACAUACUUUAAACGUGUGUAAGGUUUUAUA